CCCGCCGCGGCGCCGCGCUGCGGGACUGAGGGCCGGCCCGGGCGGCGAUGGCGGGCGCGGAGGGCGGGCGGGCGCGGGGUGCGGUGUCCGCGCUGCGGCCGCGGCUGGCGGCGCUGAGCCGGCGGCUGGCGGCGCUGAGCGGAGCGGGCGGCGAUGAUACCUUCUUAGCAAAGGGCUCCGCUGCUCUGGGCAGACUGAAGGACCUCUGUAUGGAAGGGAAAGGACAUCCUUCCACACUUUUGCAGCUCUAUACACAGGCUGUAUUAGACAUUACGUAUUUUGAGGAAAACCAGCUUGUGGAUGAAGAUUUUCCAGAAGAAUCUUCCUUGCAAAAAGUUAUAGAACUUAUUUGUGUUCUUUCAGAACCAGAAGACCUAGUGAGGGAAUGCAACAUAAAUGAAGAACUCAUCAACAUCCUUGGUGUAGAGUUGUUAGAAUGUCUUUACUGGAGAAAAGGAGCCCUGCUUUACAUGUAUUGUCAUACAGCAAAAGAAAGGAGUGAAUGGCUUCAAGAGAACAUUGCCAUAUUUAAGAAGUGUCUUACUGAUGGAGUUAAUUACUUGAUGAAGAUGCUUAACUUUAGAUGCCCUCUUGAGUUAAAUGAAAAUGUCUCCUUUCAAGAUAAAGACACAGCCAGGUUGCUCAGUGAAGGUGUAUUUAGUGACACUUACUUGCUGGCGAUGAUGUACAGUGGAGAAAUGUGCUACUGGGGACUGCAACACUGUGGAGAAGGGGAGGAGGAAAGCCUUGAGGUGAUAGAUCCCACCUCUAACAGUGGCCUGGGCUGCAGAUCACAGAGCGUGUCUCUGGACUUCCGAGAAACGGGCAGAAACGUGUUAUCCAAGUACGUGGCUGUGUGCGAGGGACCUUUAAGAGACCAGGGCUGGAACACAGCAACUGCAAAACAGAUGUUGUGUUGCUUCGUGAAAUCUCACAGCUAAAAUACUCGGAUUUGGCUGCGCUGGAAGAAGUCUUGUGCCCCGAGAGCACACUCUGGGGGAUGUUCUCUGCUUCCGAGUCUGGCAAAACGUGUACUUCCUAUGUAUUAAAAACAUGGAUUCCACGAACUCCCGGAAUACAGGUCCAAAGUCUAACCCAGUAUUUAUAUGAAGAAACAUUAAUAAACGAGGGUGUGAUAAACAGGCACGCACGA